UUCCAACCCAUGAUGUUAUAUCCUGUUUUUGCUGCUGCAGGGAUGGUUGUGAAACAUUCAAGAAACAAAUGCGGUCAGAAAUUACAGACUCAGUGUGAAAUGUUCCCUUGCUUUUCUUAAAAGACCUUCCUUCUUAAUAAAAGGCCUAUUAUGUUGAUUUAUCACAUUUUGCCUUGAUAAUCACAUUGGUAUUUGUAUAUUGUGCAGCAUUUGUGUUGCAGUCAUGGGAACAAGGGUUUCAUGCAUGAUAUUAAACAGCAAAGAAGCCUUGUGUGCCAAGUUUUAGUAUGUUAUUUCCUGCUCAUUGGGGAAAAAAAAAAGAAGAAAAAAAUCUGUUCCUGAUUUUGGUUGUAUUCUGUAUGGACUGGGGGCAGUGUGAAAGAGUUCAAAAAUUGGAGUAUAACUAACUUUAUUACCCUCAUACAGAUAUUUUUCUGUCUGUUUUAGUGUGGAAUGGAAAUUAUAUGUGGUCUGAGGAGUAAAUAUGCUUGCUAAUAUUCUCAGGUGUUUACCUUAAAAAAUUCCUUCUUGUGAACCUUGUUUACAGUGUAAUACCCAGGGUCAAAAGUCAGUGCAGACUUAGACAAAUAUGCCUGUGACAAAGGUGGUUUCCUGUGCAGUAUGUGAGGAAUUCAUCAGCUUUAAAAUCUUACACUUUGUUCAGGAAAGUCUGAAAGUUAACUAAUCCCAGAAACUUGUAUUUAAGUGCACUUUGGUACUACCUCCUUGAGAUGUGUUUUCUCUCAGACCUCUUUUGGGGACAAGAAGACAGCUGAGUCACCCUAGAAUCAGUGAUUUUCUUUCCGAAGACCCUAAGACUAUUUCCCAGAAGAGUCCUUCUGUGAAAAUUUGGGGUGAUAGUGAACUAAAAUAGCCAGACACAGAAAACUCCCCCCUCACCAGUCAUUUUCUGUCAGCGUGCUGGGGGGUUUUCUGGUUCUUUGAAUACAGGAGGAAAAAAGUUUUUUGUUGUUGUUCCGUGUGCAGGCCUGCCCCUUUCACUCACUGAUGUGACCUUGCAGUAUCCUUUUAUCUGUCAGUGGUGGUGGUGAUGUUAGACUUCAGCUAUUUGCAAUGAUUCUGGAUUUCUUAUAAAUUGGGAAUAUAAAUGAGAAUGUGUAGUACUUUUAUGUUUCUUUUUUUAACCAUCUUCCUGCUCCAUAAGCUUUGCAUUGAAGUCUUUACUCAAUAGAUGAAACGUUGAACUGAAGAGGAAAGUCUUGAAUGUUUUCUUGCAGCAAUAUUGGCAAAUUACAUAUGCACAUGAACACACAAACUAUUGGGGCAGCUUUGUCUCUGAUGACUAGGAACUUUUGUCUUUCCUCUUGAGAAGAUAAGCUGGUUUUCCUCUCCUCUUUGUAAAGAAUUUACAUUCAAUAACUCUUCUUGUUGCAGGGCCCAGAAAACGAGCUGAUAUAAUCAGCUUUGUCUGUGGACCAUCAUUGGAAAAUACUGGAUGGAAACCAGUGUGUGCUGGAUCUGGAUCAGUGAUUCUGCAAUGGUCAAAUGCCAAUCUUCCAAUGUUCCUGUGGAGAGACUUGCAUACAGAACUGCCUAUGUAAAAAUGCAUCUAGUUAAGAAUGAACACCAGAGAAGUGCUGUGGUAGACAUGGGCUUCAUGUCAUGUUGGCUUCCUGUUUAAAAAGCAGUAGGCUAGCAAUUUUAAAGGGACAGCGACAAAGUGAUGACCAGGUGCCAAGUGCCAGCUGUCCUUAUUCACCAGAUUGAACAAGAAUUGGAUAAAGAAGAAGAAGAGAUGAUGGUUUUCCUAUGCCGAGACCUUGCUCCUGACUUGGCCACUGCCAACCUUAGAGAGCUCUUGGUGGCUUUGAGUGACAGGGAGAAAUUGUCUUUUCUUGGCUUGUCUGAGCUGUUGUACAGAGUUAAGAGGUUUGACUUGCUGAGAAGGAUCUUGAAGACUGAGAAAGAAACAGUAGAAGCUAACCUUGCUAGGAGCAUCAGAAUUGUCCCUGAUUACAGGGUACUAAUGGUAGAGAUUAAUGAGAAUCUAGAAAAAGAAGAAGUGAAUUCUCUUAUUUUUCUACUCAGAGAUUGUGCACCUCGUAUGAAAAUGGCAAAAGAUAAGAGUUUUUUAGCUCUUGUGAUUGACCUGGAGAAGCUAAAUUUGGUGGCUCCUAAUCAGCUGGAUUUGAUAGAAAAUUGUUUUCGAAAUAUUCACAGGAUAGACCUGAUUAGGAAGAUUGAGAAGUACAAACACAGAGCUUUAAUGUCCUCUGUUCAUUCUCCGCCGGUAUACCUAAAUGCACUUCAGGCAUCUCUCCCUAAUCUCAGUCUGAUUGAUCCUCCUUGUAAUUCAGAGAUCCAGAAUGUGAAUAAAGAAAAACCACAAAAUGGACAAAGUCUUAGUCUGGGAGAAUCAGUCCACGUGUCCAUUCAGGAAUCGGGACCAGUGUCACAUAAGGUGUCUGAUGAUCAGUACAGAAUGCAAAGUCAACCUUUAGGAAUAUGCCUGAUAAUAGACUGUAUUGGCAAUGACACAGAUAUGUUGGAAGAGACCUUCAGAGACUUAGGCUAUGACGUUCGUUGUUACAGAUAUUUAAAUAUGAACACCAUGAAUCAAACAUUGCUUGAAGUUGCAAGGAUGCAAAAGCACAGAAAUUGUGACAGCUUCAUUUGCAUAUUGGUCAGCCGUGGAAGUCCUCAGAGCAUCUUCUGUACAGACCAUACUUUUUCUGGACUCCCUUUGGAACAAAUAAAGAAAUACUUUACAGCAGACUCAUGUCCUGGACUCCUAGGAAAACCGAAGCUUUUUUUUAUUCAGAGCUACAUUGUGCCAGAAAAUGAUCAAGAAUGUACUAGUCUGUUGGAAGUAGAUGGGGAUGAUGAGAAAAUAAUUGCUAACGCAAAAAUCCCUCAGAAAGUCACUAUACCCCAAGUAGCAGACAUCUUUUGGAGUCAGUGCAAGGUAGAUGUGUCUACACUAGAAAAAUCUCCCGGUUCAUCCUCGUAUUAUCUGUGUUGUCUGGCUGAGCUACUCCGCAAUCCUCAUAAAAGGAAACUCUCUAUAUUAGAUAUCCACACGGAACUGAACAGUAAAGUCUAUGAAUGGAAUAAGACCGCUGACCCAAGCCAACAAUACUCACUUCUGCUCCAGCACACACUGAGGAAGAAACUUUUUCUUUCUCCCACUUAACUGCUGUUGGAAAGGACAUGUCUGAAGUGGCUAACGAGAAACACUUAACUAUGAUCCAGAUAGUUUUGCACAUACUUUAUGCAGUUAUUGUAUGUAUAUCUAAAGUGCCUGUUGCUUCCAAACCCAGGGAUUUAGAAGCAUUUUGGUAUAUUAAGGCGCUAGACUUUAUAUUUUAAUACAGAAGGCUCUGAAAGCUUGGAUUAAGGAUGGCAGAUAGCGUAUAGCACUGCAACAGAUCUUACAACCAAGUACAACAGGUAAACGUGGUGGAAAGAGCUCUAAACUAUAUAGCUGUUGGGUUUUCCAGAGUUUUGUGUUUGUAUUGUUUCCUGGGUUGUUUUUUAGUAUACCUAUUAGCAGUGCACUGAUCUACCACCUUCUGUUGAUGCUUAAGACAAAUACAAGCCAUUGCAAACCACUGAAAUUGACUAGGUGCUUUCCCCAGCACCUAGUAAUGGAAAUUGUGUCAGGAAAGAAUGCAUACCCAGCACUGCCAGUUCUUCCUUAACAGUUCUGGCUUGCGUACCUCCACAGACUAGCAAAACAGGAGAGGGAGAGAGAUGGGUCUUUUAAAUAAUUUGGAUUCUAUCUGCCUGAUGCAUUAGAGGUUGUGAUUCACCCAGAACUUUGCAUCAUCAGUACUGUCCAGAGCACGCAAGGGUUAUACAUUAAUAAAUGAGAAUCUGCCAUGUUUUGGGCUAUGUUCUGCAUUGAUGCAAAAAUGAGUCUACACGUGGCAGGGCUUUACAGUAAUCUACCACCUGGUUAAAAAAAGUGGGAUUUUGGCAGAUGUUUUGUGGAAGCUGAAACAUGAUUCACACUUGCUGCACCAGGCAUAGUUGUAAAAGUACACUUUAUCCUAUUUGAACCUAAAUGUUGUGUAGCAGCCACUGACUCUUAAGACUGGGUUAAAUUAAACACCCCACUCCCAUUGCUUUUGCUCUAGUUUCUUGAGCAAAUACACUGCAAAAAGAUUUUUUCAUAGUGUAGCUGCAUUUGAUUUGUGCAAAGAGCAGAUGUGCUUACAUAUACAACUUCACCAACAAUGCUUUUUAUUAUAGACCAAACCUAACAGGCAGCUAGCCUAUUGAUACUAUACAUUGUAUGCUAUCAGUAUACGUUAGUAUAUUAAUAAUAAUGAGGGCUUGGCCAGUAAAUUUACUCUGGUAUCAGUGAUUUUUUUUAUUCCUCGAUGCCUAUGUUGUACUUCUUACAUGUUGGCUUGACAUCAUUUUUAUUAACUUCUUUUUGAAACCAGGCUUCUUAAGUUUAAUUCAGAAAAAAAACCCAAAUGUGUUUUUAAGUAGCUUCUAUAAUUGGAAGUAGAAAUCACUCUUACUUGGCAAAGAGUAGAUAUCGAAGUCUAAAAAGUACGCAGGAGUCCUUUCUUGUUAUGUCAUGUAGACCCAGUCUCUUCUGGGCUUAAGAGGUUCCUAAACAGCUGAUGGAUGAGGAUUGUUAAGAGUAUACCAAGAGGAGAAACCCACUGAACAAGUUUUACCUUAUAGUUUUCAUCCAUCUAAAAUGUUAAGAUAAAAUACAUAUUUAUUUAUAGUAAUGUACCAUUUUGUAUAAUGUAUAAAGUACAUUUUAUAUUAUUGUGAUUAAAUCUUCACUUGUUAUCUUUUUUUAAAUUUUGUAUUGUUUCAUUUGCAUAUAAACGCUAGAAAGUUACAUACAUGAUUGUGAUGAGAAGAAGUUUUUGCACAAUUUAGGAAAAUAAUUCACCUGUAGUGCAAGCCUGUGCAUUCCAUACUUUUCCUCUUUCCACUUCAUACACUAUAGUGUUCUCUUUAAUAAAAGUAUGUGGAAAAUUUUUAAUAGCUGUGAAGUGGGAAAUGCAACCCAAAAUUUUAUGUUAAACUAUGGGUACAUGUGUUGUGUUACUGUAAUUUUAUGUAGGAACAGGUGUAAGAGGGAGAAUAGAAAAUAAUAUUUUGCAAAAUUCAGACAUUCUCUAAAAGCUUGUUCUCUGCAAGCAUUAAAAAUACUAAAUCCAAUUUCAUGAUGUUCUAGCUGUGGAAAUAAAUGCAUCAUAGCAGGGCAGGGAGAGGGGGCAGGUCUUUCUUUCAGUUUACUGUUUUCUAAAAAAGUGCUAUAUUGCUUCUGGCUUUAAAAGUAGUCUGUGCCGUAAAAUUACGUUCAUAUGUAUUCCACACACUCAAGCAGAGAAUUUAUUGCACUGCAUCAACAGAAGGGUCUGUAUUAUAUGUGAUAGGUAAUAAAAAAUAGCAUUAAUUUCUAACCCUGAAUAUUUAAGAACUGACUAUCUUACAGUAAAAUAAAGUGCAAGUGUAAUUUUGAAACUCCCUUGCUCAUGAUUCAUGGGUAAGAGAAGGAUUAUAAAAUGACAGAUAUGGAAUCUUAGAAGUUACUUCCUGUAGUGGCUGGCAAGUGAAGCAAAUGGUGUGAAACAAAUGUUUUUCUGUGGUUGUAGAAAUCAGAUAUGCUUCCUAGUUACUAUAUAUAUGUAUGUGAUGUUAAUACAUGUGAUUUCUUUCACAAAUUAACUUAGCUUUUUCCCAUUUCCCUUACUAGCUUUUGCAUGUGAUGAGCACUUCUGCUGCCUUAUAGACAACCAAAAGCAGGGAUAAUGGAACCAAGAGGAGGCAGAGAGAUGAGGGAAAGAAAUACGGAAAUGUCAAGCAGGAACAAGAAGGGGAAUGAUAGGGAGAACCAAGAGAAGAACAAGUAGGGAAAAGAAGAUUUGGAGGAGAAAUACAGCAUCAAUAUUGGAAGGAGAAAGAAGAAAACGGGAGAAAAGGGAGAAGCGAAGUAAGAAUAAUAGUGGCUGUUCUUACAGGAUCUAAUGAUGUGGUGGGGUUUUGUGGGUUGGUUGUUUUGGGGUUUUUUGAGUGAUGCUAAAUAGAACUAUUUACUUAAAGUAUUAGCAAUAGGAUAUAUUCUGUUUCUGAUAGUUUUGUGACAGUGUAGGUUUGGGGGUUAUGAAGUGUACACAUUCUUCACCUUAGUGCAUGACACAGUAAGUAAAGUCCAUAUCCCCUUCCUUAAGAAAUCACAAAGAAACACUUUUGAAAACUGUAGAGGCUCCUGUAAAUAACACUUGCAAUGAAAAAGGAAGGGAGUCUCUGUGUCUGGCUGCUUUGGUUGGAAGUGAUCACAGCCCUCUAAUGACCAAAGAGUUGUGGGGACAUAUAAUGUAUUGUGCAGCAUUUGUGGUUGUCAGAUACUGAUUUUUCUACACUGACAUCUUGACCCUCAGUAGCUUCUUAAACCACAGCAGUAUUCAUUCUGUAAUCAUUAAGUGGUAAGCAGUAUUUAUUGCUUUGGCACCUCUUUCAAGAGUGGCAUGUGGGUAGACUGAUUCCCUCUACUCGCUGCAUAGUGAAAAGUAGCACUGAAGUCAUUAUUUAACACACAGGAAUUUUGCGAUGCCAGAAGUUGUCUGCCACUUCUCUCAUAGCGUUUUGUGUCCCUCCGUACACGUGAUAGGGACUGUCUGUUCCUGCUGUACUGUGCACCUAAAAUUUGAGUCUGGAAAGUGACUGGAUGCAGGGCCUGAAUUGCAUCAGGUUGUACAUGUAUUGCAGAUAGAGUGGUUAAAUGGUAUCAAACUUGCAUUCAGUAGCCAAAAGAAAAGGGGGAAAAGAAUAAAUUCUGGAUCUAUUGUGAGUUUAGGGUGUUAGCACAGGAACAUAAAAAGUGACAUGCUGGUGAAACUUUAUGGUCGCACACCACCAAAAUGUCUAGUUUUCAGAACCUGCUGUUGAACAAGAUAAACCAAGCCACUCCUCUGUUCCUGCAUUGUCAGUCUGGAACAGGGCUGUCAGACUCACAGCUCCACAGCACUGAAUUUCAGUUUUGCUUUCUGGUAACUGAACUAAACAUCUGUUGUACUUCUGUAUGUACUGUAUAUAUGGAAGAAGGAAAAGAGAAUUGGCAGAAUAUAGAUGAUGCCUUUCAGUGGCUCAGAAGGUGUACCCAUGAGGCAGGAGAUUCUGUGGUGGUUUGCACCAGGCUUACAUUGCAUUUUCCUCAGCCACCUACAUUGACGUGCCUGAGCCAUAAACCCAGUUUACUUUGCACUAUUACAUACUGGUGUCUUAGAAUGGUUGCCAACUCGUUAUCCAGAAAAGAAGUUAUGUUCAAGAGGAAGUCAUGGUACUAACAGUUGUAGAUGGAGCAUGCUGUAUGACCGAUCUCCCCUUUCAGCUGUUAUAGAUACCUGAGCCAGAGAAGCUUUUUAUGACAGUUUCUGAGAAUUCUUUUCUGAUACCUGGAGUUUUACACUUCUGACAUGCAGGAUGAUGUUGCUGAGAAGAAACUGCCAUCUCUGUGGAUGAUCUGCUGUGUAUCUGACUCCGUUCCGUUUAAACUGUAUCUCCUGUACUGAAUUAUUUGACAGCUUUUCUGUGGCUGUUUUGGAGACUUUUUUUCACCUUCUGUAUUAGAAUCAGUAAGACACUGCAAGUCUUGUAGGAAUUUUGGUUUUGUGAAUUGUGCCUUUCUGUAACAUGCCGUAUUUUCAAAUCUGUGUUACUCUGAUCAUGUAUUUUCACGUUUUGUAGAAACCAUGAUAAGAAACGUGACUUGAAUUGGUGCCAUUACUAAAAUAGCAUCAUGAUUUCACAAAAUUGGUGCUGUUACUACGAAUACUCGAUUACUAUUACUACUAAAUUAUAAAUGCUGGAUUUC